CGGAGCGAUUGGAUUGGGAUUUCGUGAGUCAACAGAAUUGUUGAAACAAAGAUGAAUUUCGUGCAAGAAAAGAAUCAUGUUCUGUACUUGUGGGGCGGUUCGGUAAGCUCCGAAAUUGAGAAGGAAGUGAACGAACUCAAAUCGAUCCCGAACGUGAAAGUCAAUGUGGAAAACGUGGAUCGAUUGCAUCUUGCCGAGUAUGGAAACUCACAGUUUGAUGUGGUCCUGGCAAACGUACCGACGGGAAAUGCAGCCAUUGUGACGCACCUGGUGAAGCUGCUAAAACCGAAGGGCAAAGCUGUAUUCAAAGACGACACGGUGACCAGUGCCGAAUCGGCACGUGCCAAUCUACUGCUCGCCGGGUUUAUCAAUGUUGUGGCAUCGGAGAAUAAUGUGUUUGUGGCCGAGAAACCUAGCUACGAAGUCGGAUCGGCAUCGAAACUUUCCUUCGCCAACAAGUCGAAAGUGGCGGCCGUCUGGAAGCUGGAUGCCGGUGAUGACGAGACUGAAGAGCGUAUCGAUGACGAAGAACUGCUGGACGAAGAAGACAAAACGAAACCUACGCCAGAAUCGUUGAGAGUUUGUGGGACAACGGGCAAAAGGAAGGCGUGCAAAGACUGUUCCUGCGGGUUGGCAGAAGAACUGGAUGCGGAAGCUCUAGGAAAGGCCAUCACCGAUCCGGCACCGAAAUCCUCCUGCGGUAGUUGCUACUUAGGCGAUGCGUUCCGGUGUGCGACCUGCCCGUACCUUGGUAUGCCCGCUUUUAAGCCGGGCGAGAAAAUUGUGCUCAGUGACAUGCAAAUGCAGGCGGACAUAUAAAACGGUUUCUUUAUGGUCGGAAUCAACGGCAGAUACAACAUUCGCAGAUGAUAAGAUUAAAACAGUUUAUAAAAGUAUGCAAAAAUGAAAUUUGGGGAACUUAUCGUACAUAAAACACAA